GAGAAGGGGAGAGAGAAAGCGAAGGAGCCAGCGUCAUUCAGAGAUAGGAGUCCGAAUGAGUGAGUGUGUGUUUAAGAGCUGAGUGUGGAGAAAGAGCUGUAAACAUUUUAGCCUGGAGGCUGGACGGGAGGAGGGAUUUCCCUGACUUUGUGCCUUUUUCAAACAUUUUGUGUGCUUGGAGCAGCACUGUGUCUUUCUCUGUGUGUAUAUGUGGGUGGUGCAGGCAGGGGCUAUGCAAAGUGAGAGAAGUCAGGGGCAGGGGUAGGGGUGUACAAACGUGAAGGAGAGAGAGAUAGAUAAAGAGGGGAAAAGGCAAACUACUCGGAAGGAAAGGAACCAUGCAAGUGGAUGCUGUCUUCUGCGGGGUCAGGUUACGCAAAAUGAAAAACUACUCCAAGAGCGCUUCAUCAGGGCUCACCCAGCUCAGAAAGGAUGCCAGCUGCUAGCACCAUGACCGGUGGGAGGGCCCUGCUGCUCUGUACAAACACUGACAACUGUAUCUACCAAUCAGUCAACGGGCUCCAGUGCUGUGGCUUGAAGGUCGGGGAGUCUUCAUCUUCUGUGGGGCCCCAGCGCCAAGAGGUGUGCGGGUCACCAGGGGACAGAGACAGGAGGGACACUGCUGUGUCCACCAAGUGUCCCCUCUCCCCCCUACUCGGCCUGAGCGACAGCCCAGGUCCUCCUGACACCAUGCUGGCUCACAGGAGAGCCACCACCGACCCACGGACUCCCAACAUGGAGAACGGGCUGUGUGGCAAGCUGAACAACAAGAGCCCAGCGGCAGUCAAGACUGCCAGCAUACGUGAUAAGAUCUCACAAUGGGAGGGCAAAAAGGAGCCUGCCCCACCAACUUCUACAGGGACAUGUCCACUGAGCACAACACAGAAGGAAGUUGAGACAGUGCGGAAAAAGGAAGCCAAAGCUUCAGAGGUCCAAAGGACAGAUAGCAAGAGGUUUGUCAGCUGGGACAGACAAGACUCAGGGAAGGAGAAUGUUGGAAAGCUGGGGGAUUUAAGGUCUAAAUCUCCAGAGGGCCCAACAAACAAGGACAGAGAAGUGAUCCUAGAGAGGGGAUUUCGGGCUUCCAAGCCAACAGAACAACCCCAAGACAAGAAAAGUGUUUUAACUCAUGUUAAGAAACUGGAGAAGGCAACAAAGGAGGUUCCUGACAGACCUUCACUGGCAUUUCCAGGCAAUUACUUCUGCCCUCCUUCAAAGGAGGAGCUGGAGGAUACUGAAAAGAGAGCCAACGAGCCCAUUUUUGGAACUUUUGACAUUGUUCGACCUGGCGGGUCGCGGAGGAGGAGGGAAGGGGAUCCAGAAAAUGUAUACAGUGAGCCAGGUGCUCCGUCUAUAAACCCUCUACCCAAACCUCAGAGAACCUUCCAGCAUCACACCCCCCCCACUAUCUCAGCUUCAGGGCCCGGCUCAGGGAAGGGAAGGAGGAACUUGCCCCCUUUGCCCUGCAUUCCUCCUCCACCUUUACCUACAUGCCCACCACCUGGAGUUUGCAGGAGACCCUGGGCUGACAAACCCCGGGACAGUAGCAACAGGAAGUCCUAUGAAUUUGAGGAUCUGCUCCAGUCAUCUACAGAAAGCUGCAGGGUGGACUGGUACGCUCAGUCCAGACUGGGCCUUACACGCACUUUAUCAGAAGAGAAUGUCUACGAGGACAUAAUAGAUCCUCCAUCCAAGGAGAAUCCCUAUGAAGAUAUAGAGCUGGAGAGAAGUUGUUUGGGAAGCAAAUGCGUUUCACCUGCCUCCUCAUCUCCUGUCCCUGACACGCCAACUAAGCUCUCUUCCAAGCCUGGCUUCUUCAGACAAAAUUCAGAACGGCGAAGCUUCAAGCUCCUGGAGCUACGUAAGACCAGCAGGGACACUGGCAUCUCCUCUCCCUCACGUAUCAGCCCCCCCUCCACACCCAGCAGCCCCGACGACACCCCCUGCCUCUCUGGAGACCCGUACAAUCGCAGACGUAGGAAAACCCCCAAGAUGGUGCUGAAAAUCAAUGGCAUCUUCGAGGCGCGGAGAGGGAAGAAACGAAUGAAGAGGGUGUCUCAGUCUACAGAGUCUAGCUCAGGGAGAGUAACAGAUGAGAACAGUGAGUCCGAAAGUGACACAGAGGAGAAACUACAAGCUCACAGCCAGCGGCUGGUGUUGGUCCAGUCCAUGCUGAGGCAGACGGGGCGGUACCGGACCAUGGAGCGGGAUCUGAUGGAGUUGCAGGAGAGGAAGCUCUUUGAGUAUUUCAUAGUUGUUGCACUCCACAAGACCAAAGCUGGAGUCCCAUACCUGCCAGAAGUCACACAGCAGUUCCCUCUCAAGCUUGAGAGGAGCUUUAAGUUCAUGCGGGAGGCUGAGGACCAGCUGAAGGUCAUCCCUCAGUUCUGUUUCCCUGACGCCAAAGACUGGGCCCCUGUCGACAACUUCCCCAGUGAGACGUUCUCAUUUGUCUUGACUGGUGAGGAUGGAAGCAGGCGGUUUGGCUACUGUCGGCGAUUACUGCCCAGCGGUAAAGGCCGAAGGCUCCCUGAGGUCUACUGCAUCGUCAGCCGCCUGGGCUGCUUCGACCUCUUCUCCAAGAUCCUGGAUGAAGUGGAAAAGAGGAGGGCUAUCUCCCCUGCUCUGGUGCAGCCUUUUAUGAGAGGCAUAAUGGAAGCUCCCUUCCCUGCUCCAGGAAGGACCAUCACUGUCAAAAACUUCCUUCCUGGCUCUGGGACAGAGGUGAUAGAGCUGUGUAGGCCAUCAGAUUCUCGUCUGGAACAUGUGGACUUUGAAUGUCUCUUUUCCUCCUUGAGUCUACGUCUCCUUCUCCGAGUGUUUGCCUCUCUACUACUGGAGCGCAGGGUCAUCUUCACUGCCGACAAACUCAGCACAUUGUCUCAGUGUUGUCAUGCAGUAGUGGCUCUGCUCUACCCCUUCACCUGGCAGCAUACGUACAUCCCCGUGCUCCCGCCCUCCAUGUUGGAUAUUGUCUGCACCCCUACCCCCUUUAUAGUGGGCCUCCUCUCUAGCUCUCUGCCUCGACUCAAAGAGCUGCCCAUAGAAGAGGUCCUGGUGGUCGACCUCGGCAACAGUCGCUUCCUACGACAGCUGGAUGAUGAGGACUCCAUUCUUCCCCACAAGCUGCAGGCAGCUCUCGAGCAUGUGCUGGACAAGAGGAGGGAGCUGGCCUGUGAGAAAGGAGAUCUGCCCAAUGACUCCAGCUCCCUCAGCACAGUGGUGUCGGAGGCCUUUGUGCGUUUCUUCGUGGAGAUGGUGGGUCACUUCUCCCUCUUCAUUGGCGGAGCAGAGCGGGAGGAUGAGUCUGUCUCCUCCCCCACCUUGCCCAGUCCCUCUUCUUCCCCCUCCUCGUCCUUUCAGCGCGAAGCCUUUCGCAAAGCAGUCACGUCCAAGAGCUUGAGAAGGUUCUUGGAGGUGUUCAUGGAGACUCAGAUGUUCACUGGUUUCAUCCAGGAGAGGGAGCUGCGCAGACAGGGCCUCAGAGGUCUAUUUGAGGUGAGAGCACAAGAGUAUCUGGACUCGCUUCCUGGGAGUGAGCAGCGAGGAGUCAACAAGUUCCUCAAGGGUCUAGGAAACAAGAUGAAAUUCCUUUCGAAGAAAUGAUGCUUGGAGUCAGGAUGCCACGUGUGAAAGCAGGAAUAUGCAUGAAGAGGCGUGCAGUAAAAAA